AUGUCUGCUUUCUUCUACAACCACCAACAGCACCAGCAACACCCUCAGCACGGGAUGCAGUCCGCCAACCACCACAAUCACCACGGUCGCUCUCGUCGUGCUCCCAAGAUGACUCAGAAUGCCCGCCAAUUCCGGGGAGUGAAGAGCAUGAGGGAACUAGCCGAAGCGCCGGCCAUGACGGCGUUCCGGGCGAGGUUCGAAGCAGGCCGGUCCUUCGAUCUAGAUGAUGACCUCGAGUUCUGUCCGGGUCUCCUGACAGAGGACGAUCUGCACUCCAUUCAUUCCGCCUCUUCCGACCGGUCGUCGCUGUCGAGUGGCUCCCCCGACACCUCGCCGCUGCAGCACCAGAUCCAGCCCGUGCAGCAGGUCGCCCCGUCCAUCUCUCUCUCGCCCGCCCAGGCCACUUCUUUUGCCCACGCGGGCGUGGCCGGUAAUCCGAACCAGGCCAGCUUCCAGCAGCAGUCGGCCAACCGGACCCGCAAGGUCAUUCCGAUUAUCAACCCUAAUACCGGAAUGUCCAUGUCGAGCCCCCCUUCCUCGCUCGCCGCGGGGAUGAUGCAGACUGCUCAGCGUCGAUGGUGA